GGGGAAUAACAAGAUGGAGGAAAAGGAAAGCAAAUUCGAUGCCAGAAAAAAUACACGAUUUGACUGAUAAGGCACAACAAGAAGCAUGGAUUGACAACGGCAGUUAGGUCUCUAAGUUACAUUUUGAUCAACAAUGGGCAACUCGAAGUCGACUAAGGCUGAUGUGGUGACGCAGGGGAUGCCACAGAGGGAGAGGGACCUCCAUCUGGCCGUCAUGGGCAAUGACCGCAAGAGUGUCAGCAGCCUCAUUGCACAAGGUGCUGACAUCAACUACCCCUGGAAUAACCCGACUGUCCCAAGCGUCAAGGACAGUACCACACCCCUCCUGGCUGCUGUAUCCCUGAACCAUGUGGACAUCAGUGUGAUGUUGCUGAAGGCUGGUGCUGGAAUUAACAGAACGGACAAGAGAAACUGCACCCCGCUCUACAAGGCUGCUUUCCAUGGCCGACCGGUCUUAGUGGACAUCCUUGUGCAAGCUGGUGCUGACAUUAACAAGGCGGAUCUGGAAAGCCAAACUCCGCUGUAUAUCUGUGUCCAGAACGCCAUCGUACACUCCAGCUACGCCACUGUGGAACGACUGCUUGCCGCAGGGGCAUCUGUUAACAUGGCUGACAAGUCAGGGAAGAUUCCCAUCCAUGUGGCAGCCCACUGGAAGCUGAAGGACAUGAUCCGAAUCCUGCUGAAUGCCAACAGCGACAUCAAUUCCAUGGACCUGAAGGGCCGCACUCCGCUGUACGUGUGCGUCAGUUCACUCAGCACGGGGCUGUACUUCGAGGAUCUGAAGUACCAGGUGCCGUGCAUCAAGGUGCUGUACGCAGCAGGCUGCGACAUGCUCAACCUGGUCGACUGGCUCAAGUGGAAGGGGCCGGGGAUUCCUGCAGAGAUGCUGUCCGACGACGACAACUUCCGCAGCUGGUACAAGUCGAACAUGAACUCGCCCCACACGCUGGUCAACCUAUGUCGCAAGACCAUCCAGCAGCAGGUCUGCUACCAGGAGAACAUGGUCAAGGUCAUUCCAAGGUUGCCAGUUCCUCCCAAGCUGCAGACGUACCUGUCAAGGAAGAUGUUCCAUCUGCCCAAACCUUGACUCUGCAGAUGCAAGCUGUGAUUGCACAUGUCGACAGGUGCAGUCCCUCCCUCGGGGGAGACAUGUGACUGUUGCAGGUCUUUAGAAGGGAAGGAAGUCCAAGGGGUCAGGAGUUCCUUCACCUUCUAUGACCUUUCAUCCACUCAUAUCAGUUACCCGAACUUAUGGCUUUAGAAACAAAAGUAUUAUUGAAUUUGUUGUUUCAAAUCAUCGACUGAGAAGGGACGGAUCCAAGGGUCAGGAUCUUUCCUCUUCUUUAUUGACCAAAUCAAAUAAUUUUGUUCAGUUUGACUUUCUCGAAUUCACGAUGUAGAUAAUCAGUGAUCCUGGCAUGCAUGUUUGACAAGUUGUAUAAAGGACAAUUAUCCAAAGGGGUCGGGUAGCUGUCCUUUUUAGUCAUUUAGCAUGUUGCCAAGGAUACAGAAUAUUUUUGUUAAGACCUCUGUUUCAAAUGACUUCACAAAUAACAGUGCUAUUAAACAGUGAUCUGUAAAAGCAUACAGUAUGUAGAUAAUUGUUUGAAACAGAGGUCAUGUUGAUUAUUAAAUCCCUGACAGUACAAUGAUAAUAAUAUUCUGCAAUCACAGCUUGGUAUGGCCAUGUUGAACUUGGCUACACAAGUUUCCAUAGGGCUGUAUGUUGAGACAUCUCCAUCUCAAACUUGCAUUGAAGGUAGCUGUGUUUGUAGAAACAUGUCAUGGGUGUUCUCCCACUAACUUGGGAAGUUCUCAGGCAAUCUACAUAUACUACAGGUAGUACACAGGUGAAUGUUCUUGCUAGUCAAGAAACUGUCUCAGGUUCAAUGAUUUCGCAUUGGUGCACAUUGUAUGGUGAUUCCUAUUGCCUACAGCAGUGGUAUGGGUGCAGGACUGACUGAUGCUAUAUGGUGCAUUAUCUAUCAUGCACUUUGUGUUGGAGAUGACUCAAUGUAUUCCACAGCCUUUAGUCUUAGUGUCAUAUUGUUUUGUUUUUGCUGAUUUUUGCAGAUCGCUGUCAAAUAAUUGUGAUGCAGUUCCAUUUCAGAUGUGGAUUUUGAGGGAAAGGAAUUAAUGUUUCUCCUUAAAUAUCAGUAAUUUACAAGUGAACGGUCUGUUUUUUGAGCUUCAUCA